AUAAAACAUCUCAUCUGGUAAGAAAUAAACAGUGCGUGCGUAUAGCAUUAAAUUUUGUGUCGUCGUCAAAUCUACGAAAAUGCUUUCCGCAAGAGACAAUCCCCCCAGGAAGAGGAGUGGCGGCAGCGGUGGGGGUGGGGAGGGGGUGGAUGAGAACUACGACAAACAGGUGUUCGGGAGUGCCAUGUUCGCGUGGGAGAGGAAGAAGAUGAUGGUGGAGCUGGACAAACAAGGCUGUGUCCCAUUCCACUACGCCUGUCUGCAGGGUGACGUGAAGAAGAUGCGGCGAUUUAUGGACGUGGUGGAUGAACUGGUGGAAAUGCCUAUAGUGAAGACACACCCCCUCUACCCUGGAUACUCUCCCCUCAUGUGUGCAGUCUACGGGGGGUCACUAGAUGCCACUCACUUUCUCAUUCGAGAAGGCGCCAAGGUGGAGUACAUGACUGAUGUAUGUCUAGACGUGAUUGACGUCGUCAUAGGCAGACAUAACAAAGUUCUGUUCAAUUUCUUCAAAAACAACUACAACGACGACCUGCAAACCAUCUCGAAGCUUUGCAAAUUCCUGCAAAGCCCAGACGACAACCUAGUAAUGCGAGCUGCUAAAUUCGCAGCUAAACUGACAGAAAAAACUGAAGCCUUUCCUAUUUCACCGUACGCACAAGAAUUCAUCGACUGCGGAUUGGUUAAAAUAUUUUUAAAAACAGUCCAAUCAGAAGCACCGUAUGAGCUGAAGAGGCUGGCAUUUGAUUUGAUAUUCAAUAUUAUAGAGUUUGACGGAUUUACUGCUAUCUUAUUGGGUGCAGAUACUAUUACAAUUUUGAUUCGUCUGGCCAAAUCCUAUUUAGCCGAUAGCUUGGACCAAAAGAUUUUGAUUCCUCUCAGCUCAUUGUUACUGCAUCUUUGCAAAGAGAAACCCGAAAAGUUCGUUCAAAAUCAGGCGCAUAUUUUUGUGCUGCAACUGUGUGUUAAAAUGGAUUCCGAAGUGACCUUGUGCAACCUUUUCGGCUGUGUGAGCGCCAUGAUCAAAUCGAUUUCGAGAGUGGGUGAUGAGAUUUUGCAGUCGAAGUAUAACGAACACCUAGUGAAGAUGUACUCAAGGACUAAAGGCAAAGACCUUCUGAUGGUAUUGAACAAACUAGUGCUGCAAAGUUGCGAUGGUCGCGAGCAGAACCAGAAUUACGUCACCAGACUCGGCAUAACAGAGGCUCUUAUUACUAUAAUUGGAAGAUCAAAGAGCUUCCAAGUUCAGGAGUCCUGCACUGAAACAUUGCGGAUAAUCGUGGAAAAUAAUAGAGCUUGUCAAGAUAAGGCGCUAGAGUUGGGAGCUCUGACGAUUCUGGGGGAUAUUUUGAAGAAGAACAGACAAAAUAUACCGGCCCAGGCGACGUGUGUGAACACAAUGUGGAGUCUAGUGCGGGGGGACCUGUACAGAAGGAGGCUGAUGGCGGAUGUGAUAGGAGUGGCGCUGCUGUUGGACUACCUUCCCCAGACACCCCCUCUCUCCAUCAUAGCCCUCGAGGCACUCGAGAUACUGGCCAGCGGACCUAAUGCUAAGCCAGAGGAGAUUGGCAACGGGAUAGUGCUGCUAGUGUCCAUCUGCAACAACAAGAACUCCUCCAUCGCCAUUGGUAGCCUCCGACUCCUGCGCAGGAUCUCAAUCAGACCUGGACUGGUGCCUGUGAAGCGGAAUGUGGAACUGAUUCGAUCUUCAGACGGGUUACGAAAUUUGAUGACAAUUGUUAACGAGCACUCAGACCAAGAAGUUGCAAUUGAAGCGGCAAUUACUCUAGCUUACGUGUCAAUUGGGGUGCCCGACUUGGAAACAUAUACAAACACAUCGCGGCUUGAAAUAAUUGAAUCAAUAAGAUCAAAACUAACGUCAGAGAAAAACGAAACAAACGAAUAUCCAAGUUCAGUCCUACCCAGAGUCGGAGAAGCUAUAGCUGCACUCUACUUCCAUAAAUGGAACCAGAUUACCGAACAGGAUCCGAAAUUAUCUUUUGCUGACUUCGCGCCAUUCAUAACCGAAAAGAUCACUCGAACUUCAAUUAUAGUAGCUUUCCAGGUGGUGAUAAUAUCAAAGUUGUUUUGUGACGUGUCGGCAGCCCAGGGUGCGGCCAAGGGUAUUCGACAGCUAGUGAGAAGUCUGAGGACCCAGCUUGACCCUGAGAUACAGGUGCACACUUGCGAAAUGAUAGCAGCACUCACUAAAAAAGGCAAGUGGGCGAUUUAA